AUGGGUCUGAGGAAGUCUUCAUGUCCAACUAUCUCUGGGAAAGAGAACUUAACUUGGACAAUAAGUAUGGAUGAUGCUUUCGUUAAUGCUUUUGUUAAUGAACAUGAUUGUGGUAAUAAAGUUAUCUUGAAGAAUAUUGGUGAUUCUAUUGACGUGGAUAAUAAUAUCUUCAGUUUCUCUGCUCAACAUCCUUCUACUAGAGCAAACACUGAAACAACUAGUACGAAAAGGAAAAAAGAAGAUGCAACGAAGGAUAAAGCGCCCAAGUUUGAGAUAAUUAUAGGAGCUAUAGAUAACGUCGCUACUGCACUACGAGAAGAAAAUGAGCUAUUCAAAGACAUGUACUGCCGUAAAGUUUUCCCAAUUUCUGGCGAAGAACAUGGAUAUUACUCAAGGAAUGCGGGUUUGAUAUUAAUUUAUUGA